UUUAUUCAUAAUUAAUAAUUUCACCAGAAUAGAAUAUAUGACUUCUAAAUUUUGCAUUAAAUAAUACCUCACCUCAGGCUCAGUUUUAAGGUUAUAUAAAUAUAACCUAUAAAACGGAGUGGUUGUCAAUUUAACUUGCAUCAUAAGUUUGGUUCGUCUAUGAAGUCAAUGAAAAAAUAAACAAUCAUGGCUAGUAGUAGACUAGAAAAAAUUGGAACAAUAUUUAGCAGAGUUGACGGUUUAAUCAAAGCUAAUGGCAUGAAAUGGAAAGAACGCCCGCUAUGGUACGAUAUUUAUAAAGCCUUUCCACCUGCACUUGAACCUAAAUAUGCACGUCCAGUUCCAAAUCUUCCAAUCCGUAAUAUAUUCUAUGAAGAAGAUGUAAUCAGAGCGAAAUUCCAUAAAGGCAAUAAACAAUUACCUGGCUACAAUUUAUCAGAUAGUUCACAUAAAACAACUACACAAAAGUUUAUAUUGAUAUUCAAUCAAUUAAAGAGCGACAAUAAAACUCUUGAUGAUGACCAACUAUUUAACACGGCUUUAGAUUUGCUAGAGUCCGAGAUGGUUUCCAGAAAAGAAGCCACAACCAGGCCAUUAGAGACUGUCACAAAAUCAGAAUCAAAGUCUGAAGAUAUGAAUGUUAAUAUAAAAGAUUUAUUUAAAUAAAAUAAUGUAUAGAUAUUAAAAAUAAA